AUGCAUCGACUGGGCGUUCGGCACGCAGAGGUGGCCGUGAUCAGUGACGAGUUGAUCAAGAAGGUGGCCUGCGCGGACUUGGAUCCAGCUAAUAACAACGCGAUCAAUGAGGCUGACCAAAGUGUGGACUUCAUCAAGCUCAAGACACUGUCACUGUCGUUCCAGAACAUUUUUAAAAUGGAAAACCUUGAGACUCUGCGUCAUCUAGUGAAGCUGCAGCUGGAUAAUAAUGUGCUACAGGAGAUCGACGGGAUCGGUCAUUUAGUGCAUCUCGAGUGGCUCGAUCUGUCGUUCAACAACAUUUCCAUGAUCAAAGGACUGGAAAAUCUCGUCAAACUCACAGACUUAAGUCUCUACAAUAACUGUAUCUCGAAACUCGAGAACCUGGACACGCUAAAGGAACUUCAGCAGGUUUUAUCAAUUGGGAACAAUUUGUUGCCAUCCACGGAAGGACUGCUAUACUUGAAGUGCCUUGAGAAGCUGCGCGUGCUCAAUUUGACUGGGAAUCCUGUGUGUUCCGACUCGGAGUAUCGACCAUUCUUACUUGCUCAUUUAGACAAGCUCAAAUAUCUCGACUACGCGCUUGUAGACGAUAAUGAAACUGUACAAGCACGCGAACAAUACCAGGACGAGUUGGAAGAGCUCAAAGAAGUGAAGGCCAUCGAGGACGCAGCUCUGGCUAGAGAAGUAGAGCAACAAAAAUACUUGAGCAUGCUCAAGGACGCAAACGUGAUCAUUCUCGAGACCUUGUUAACAGACAUGUUCAAGGAAGACACCGAGAUGAGUAAAAUCGAGGUUUUGCCAGGCCUACGCAACAUCAUCGACGACUACACUGAGAAGGCCAAGGCAGCAGCAGAAGACGUCAAGCUCGUUCUACUGGACAAGCACGCGAAUUUGACCAAGGAGGUCGAUGGAUUCAAGGCGACGUACGAGAAACUUCAGGCCGACGCCCAAGAGGCCAGUAUUCGAGCUGUGGAGACCCACUGUCGCACAGCCAAACAGCUUCUGAAGCAAGCCAAUGCUGCCCAUAGUGCUGCAGUAUCAGACGCUGACGGGUCGGGAUCUGCUGCGGGUCUGCAGCUUCUUCAUGACGCCGAUGUUUCCAGUGAUAAGCUGCACAACGAGCUCAUGAAUCUCGAGUCUGACGUCGUGGAGACAGCGCAGGAAUUGAUUGCUGCAAUGGAGAGCUCCAUCGAUGCGGUGGGCUCCGAGGCCAGAGAUAUCGCCACCGAACACUUCAGGACUAUCGAAGUUCUGGAGAAUAAUUUCUUUGAAAACGUAAGCCAACUAGCGGUCGCUUUGCUCGAGAGAAUGGCGUCAGACGACGGAGAGGACGACGAUUACUUGACUGACGAGUGUCGCGCCAUCCUGAACGACCGAGACGCGCUAAACAAUGCCAUCAACGGGUCUCACGAUAUUCACAUUGGGAAGCUGCUGGCUCAGGAAGAUGCCAUGCGUGAACAGAGCCUUGUGAAGAUAGCAGAGAUUGUCAAAGGUGCAAAGGAACAGGAAUGGACUCGCAAUCGUGCUCGUAUCGCAGAAGUUCUGCAUCUUAAAGAGAAACACCUGGCCGAGAUCAACCGAGUCCGGGACGAAAUCAACCGCGUAGAUGAAGAGUUCUACUAG